AUGUCGUCACUCGAUAAUAUCACCGAAGUCCCUGAUCAUAAACUCUACAUUUCUUACAAUAACAUCCACAAACUCUGUCAACAGGCCGCGCAGAAGUUAAAAGAUGAUGAUAACAUUCCGGAUAUCAUCAUUGCUAUUGGUGGUGGCGGUUUUAUUCCUGCCAGAAUCCUCAGAUCUUUCUUGAAGAAACCAAAGGGCAAGAACAUUCCUAUCCAAGCUAUUGGUCUAUCGUUGUAUGAAGCUAUGGGUGAUGAUGAAGAUGACACCAAGAUUGGUAAAGAGGUUAUCAGAACUCAAUGGUUAGAUUUCAGCACUUUGGACAAGAAAAUGUUUGUUGGCAAGAAGUUGUUGAUCGUUGAUGAAGUGGAUGAUACCAGAACCACUCUACACUACGCUUACAAUGAAUUGCUUAAGGAUAUUGAACUUCAACAAGAAGAAUUGAAGAGCACUGAUCCAACCAAUCUCGGGAUUUUUGUUCUCCAUAAUAAGAAUAAGGAAAAGAAGGCUCAGCUACCAGAGGAAUUGAUGAACAGUGGCAAUUAUCUUGCUGCUGUCACUGUUGACGAUGCAUGGAUUGCCUACCCAUGGGAUGCUGCUGAUAUCGAUUUGCACACCAGAUAUGCCACCUUGCAGGGAAACAUUUGA